CGCAUGGGGCCUGAUGGCGCCUCAACCACAGUCUCUGCCUCCUGUUCCUCCUCCCGUCCCUGUUGAAACACAUCCAAACAGGGCUGGAGGACUUAAGCCGCCGUUACCUCAACGUGCACCCCCCGAUCCGUCACGUCUCGCCCCAGAACAUGCUUACGCUCACUCCCAAGCGCGCUUAUGGCAUGAUGGUUCCUCCCAUUUGAGACCAAUUGACGGAAUUUUUGCGACUCCUGCAUCUGUUGCUGCUCUCCGACCUCCUCCUGCAGUACCUGGCACCGAGCCUCGAAAGAAUGAUAUUCGCAAGUUCCGAGAUGGGCGACGAAAGAAACGCAAAGGUGUUUGGAAGAAAUUACUCUGGGUUCGCCAGUCAUACCCGGAUAACUAUACAGACGUUGAGACUUUCCUUGAUCAUUUACAAAGAAACCCCCGCCUCCGACCAUAUGACUUCUGGCCUUUAGUCGCCGAUUCCACAGUCAUUGUUCAGCAUGUUUGCUCCGUGGUCAUAUUCGUAUGCUGUUUCGUUGGAAUUUUUCAGAGUAGAAUUAGUCCCGUGUCGGUCGUGGGCAGCGGAAGUAUAGGUACAUUAUUGGGAUGGGUACUCUGGGAUGCUUGGGUGUGGAAGGAGAAGAAUGAAGCUAUCAAAGCCGCGCAGUUCGCAGACGCUGGCGACAUUGAUGAUGGCUCGAGUGCGAGCUCCACAGCUUCCCAAACACCCGCAGCGGGUCUCCAAGUUAAUGGCAAUGCCGCCAAUGUGCAUGGUUUGGGCCUGGAUCUUCCUCGUUCCGAUACUGAAGUUCAUUUGCGACGCAGGAGCACUGGCAUAAGUGUCGCUUCUCUCCAAUCCGUGACGCCGGGCUCCUCUUUCCUUUUAGGACAGCCGUCUUUCUAUUCGUAUGAAGGCAACAAACCAUUGUUAUCUCCCCGAAAUCGACAACGACUUGCCACGAUAAAAUCAGCCCUACUUAUUUACUGCGCCUUGCUGGGGCUUAGUCCUAUCUUAAAAUCACUUACAAAGUCCACCGCCAGCGAUUCCAUCUGGGCACUGAGCUGCUGGCUCAUGAUUAUCAACAUAUUCUCUUUUGACUACGGCAGCAGCGAGGGCCAGGCUGACGCUACGAAGUUCCCUGCAUCCCUAUCCACCAACGCCGCAUUGAUGGCAUCAACGGUGUUGGCCUCGCGUCUUCCUUCGACUACACAUGUGUUUAGCCUCACCCUAUUCUCAAUAGAAGUGUUUGGCUUAUUCCCCGUCUUCCGCAGACAGUUGCGUCAUGUCUCAUGGACUGGUCAUGUUCUAUUAACGUUUGCUCUUGUCCUUGCUGCCGGCGCAGGCGUCGGCAUCGCAAUGCGCGGUGGCUGGUUUGCCGCAAUUGUUGGUGCGAUUCUGAGUACUAUUCUCACUGCAUUGGCCAUGGGUUCUUGUAGCUGGUGGCUCAUCAGCCUACAGAAGUACAAGAACGUUGUGAUUGGGCCAUGGGAUCCUGCUCGGCCAAUUAUAAGGAGGAAUUGGGAUUGAUUGCAUCUAGA